AUGGGGAAAGGAGUGGUGGCCCCCGCUGCGGUGGUUUCAGAGCCCAGAACAGGGCCAGCCCCACCCCCACUGAGCUCCCAGCAGCAGCGGUUCCAGCGGCAUCACUUCCUGUCCCACAGCCUCCUAGAGGAGAGCUAUGUCAUGAAGGACCCCUUCACCCCGGACAAGGACAGGUUCCUCAUCCUGGGCUCCAGGUGCAGUGUCUGCGGCCGGCUGGUGUGUGUGGGCCCGGAAUGCAGUCUGUUCUACUCCAAGAGGUUCUGCCUCCCUUGUGUCCAGAAGAACCUCCAGGCCUUCCCCCAGGAGAUCCGGCAGGACCUGGAGAAAAGGAAAGGCCCCGCGAAGAGGCCGGCUGGCCAGCCCAGCUCGCAGGCCUGAGCCCGCGUCGGAGGCCCGGGUCGGGUGCUGAGCUGGGAGCCACCGUGUGGCCUUGUUCUGGAGCCGCGCAGAGGAGGCGCCUGGGAACCCCGCCCCGACUCCAGAGCUCGCUCAGUGCUGGGCGCGGGCAGGAGCCAAGGGGCGCCCAGGCUCUCAAGGGGCUGGGUCCCCACCCUCUGCAGGUCCUCCCUGCUGUGUCCUGCUCCACGUGGCUGGGCUGGAGGGCCCUGCGUCCUUCCCACGAGGGGUCAGAUCCAGGGGUUGUCUCCACGCGCCACGCUGCUCUGCUGGGCCCUGAACACAGCCGCGCGGGGCAAAGGCCGCUGCCGUGGACCUGGCCCCCACAGUGGGCGGGGGGAGCGUGUGCUCCCUCUGGCUCUGGUUCCAGCCCCAGGCCCCCAGCUCCCUUCCCUCACGCCCUUGCCUCGGAGCCUUCUGUUGCUUGCCUGCCCCUCUCCCCAGCGAACUCAGCCUUGGCCUGCGGAGGCCAACCCCACAGCCUCAGCAUUGCGCAUGGGGGCUCGCCUCCUGUCUGCUGGUUCCUGGCGGCAGGCGCUGCCCUGUCAUCUUACAGUUGCUGCGCGGCCACCGUCCCCGCCCCGAGUGAGAAAUGUGAAUAAAGAGCCGUUUCCAUCGA